AUGAUUCCUUUUAUUUCCAGUAGAAACAUUUUGUGUAUUUACAAGCUUAUCUAUGGGGUUGGCCUUCGAACUCUCAGAAAGUUGUUCAUGGACAUCAAUUCAAAUUGGUCUAAUCAACCAUCUGAUGCAGCCACAUUUGACAAGGGAAAAAUGAAGCUUUCUAAAGACGAACAAGUCAGCUUCAACAAGGGAAACAUCAAAGAAUGGGACUUCUCAUUGAUGACUACUGCGCUGCUCUACUCACAAAGUUGUGUCGUGGAAAUUGUCCAAAGACCAGGCCAUGAAACUGCCCUAAAAGAGCUAAAGAAAUGCCGUAACAAACUGCUUGGACAUCCAUCUACAGAUGCGAUGUCAGAUGCAGAUUUCAGCUACUACUGGCCCUUGCUGUCGAAACACUUUAUCACACUCGGAGCAGACCCUAAAGUCAUUUCUGAAAUGGAAUUUAGAAGAGGUAAUGAAACAAAUUAAAUGGCAAAUGCUAAUGAAACACUUAAGGCGUUAGAUCGGGUAUUAAACCAGUCGAAUUUGAUCCUUUAUCGUCACUCACAAUUUAGUUUUUGGGUUUCUGAGAUUUUUGGGACAAUAAGGAAAACAGAACCCACAAUAAUACAUAUUUCUAUGCAUUGGCGUAGUUUUCUAGAUGAAGAAAAAUCAGGAAAGAUGUUCGACUGCGGUCGAUGAUUGCUUGGGAGCAGUGCUCCAAGCUGCGUCCGUUUUGGUGGUUGUGUCAACAGAAAAAAAUUUGGCGACAAACAGCCAGUUUGACGACCUAUUUUGGCGAAGACGUAGCAAGUUGUAACUUUCUGAUAAUUAAGUUUUCAUGGUCUGAAGUUAAAGUGACAUAAACAUUAUUAUAAAUUAUUACUCAAAUGCUGCAUCGUUUUUUCUAUUCAAAGCAUUGGCUUUUACCCCUAUGACUGGUUCCUCGGAUAAUAAACCUUGAGACGUCACGUGAAUCUCUAGAAAUGAAUGACGGUCAUACUGAUCAAUCCAAAGAAGACACGCUGUGUGGUCAGCGAUUUAGUGGUCGUGUAAUAUUGCAUAAAAUUUUUAUUUUUAUUCUUCUUCCAACCUCUGUCUUCAGCCACAGACCUUAUUGGAGCGGACUAUUACAUGAACCUUUUCCUCUCCGAACGAGAUAGUCACCUUCGUUGUGAACAGAAACUGGACCAUAUUAGUGAAAAAUUAGACGUCGUCAUAGCCAAUCAGGCACGUUUGAGGAAUCAAAAAACCAUCAUUAGUCAAGGUGACGAGAGUAGUCCUGAGUGGGAUGAAUGGCUGAGAUUUUGUUACGCAGUUGAUGAUUUUGAUUCCCAAAAAAAUCAGUACAUUCUUGCCAUCGAUACUGUGCCGAAUGCGGAAAUAAAGUGCUAUUCAAAUUUGAGAAGUGUCGCUUGGAAGAUGAUACUGGAUUUUGAUGUCAUGUCAGAAGAAGAAGGCUUCUAUCACGAGUUUACAUCUAAAGAAGAGCAAAUGAGUAACCUGGUAAGCAUGUUUACUCCUGCAGAGUUGAAACAAAGCACCAUGCGAAGUUUGGUAGGGCAGAUCGAUCCAAGAAAAACUCAGUGGUUGUUUGUCAAAGGAAGGGCUGGUGACGAUGACGACCGAAAAUGUGAAGAAUUUUCUAAUUGGGAAGCCACAGCAGUGAAAGACAUAAACAGUCUACUUCGAUGUUGUUCGGAUCCAGACACGUUUGACGAGUUAAAGCCAGUCAUAUGCCUUAUCCUCCCCUUCACUCAGAGCAGCCAACCCUUUCUACAAAUAACAAUGAGUCGUUUGAUCGAAAACUUUAACAAGCACAAACUGACGUUCGUGUCUGUUAACAACGAGAGUUUGCAUGAUCUUUGCGAUUAUUCCAGUGUUCAAGCCUUCCAUUUGUGCCCUAAGAUUCUUGAUCUUGGGUUAAGAGACAUACUCGGAACGUCUACGGAUCAGAAGCUGCGUAUGCCUACUUCCCAUGCUGGAGUUCCAGUACACCUUAGUCGACGACAGUAUCUCUACAUCAAAGAGUACCUGGAAGUCUUGUACUUAGGGUGUGAAGAUCUACCGGAAGAUGCUAAUAACUCCUCGGAGUCUUGGGAACAACUAGAGAGACAUUUGGAAGAGCAAAGAAAAUCAUUCUUGUCAGGAAAUGAAAUAUCGUUUGCCAGUCUCUAUGACAAUCACGAUGCUAGAAGACAGCUUGAGAGAGACAUCCAAGUUCACGUUCAGCGACUCUUGGAUCAAGGCCUAGUGCGUCCCAUCACCGUGGAAAUUCGACACUCGCCAGGCACAGGUGCCACCACUAUCGCCCGUCGUGUUCUUUGGGAUCUGCAUAGUGCAUACCCAUGCCUGAUAACUGAUGUUGACUCUCAGCGCUCUUCAGAUGAAGACAACGACUUUGCAAGCAAACUAGCAGAACGAAUAUCCUCGAUCGAAGAAAUUUGCAAUACACCUCCAUUGAUUCUUAUAGAUGGAAAGAAAUCAGGCUCCAUAGAGGGCCUCUCUAACAAGCUUUCACGAAUACUUCAAAGUAAAGGAAAAAGAGCCCUCUUAUUACGGUGUAUUCGAGGGAUGAAAGAAUCGAAGAAAGCACAGGAGUCAUCUCACGUUCAUAAAGUGUUUCAUGUCAACGUCAAACUGGAGGAGUCCGUCACUGAUCUGCAUGAAUUCAAGUCCAAGUAUAAGGAGUACCUAGACUCGGUCGAUAAGUCACUGAACGGUGGGCUGAUUUUAUCCGGCCUUUGUCGUGUUUUCCAUUUUCCUCUCCUGGCCAUGAUGCAGGUAUUCCGCCCUAAACUAGAGAAGAUCAUCGAAGACACCCUCAAUGAACUGGGAGGAAUUCAGCAAGAGAUUGCCGCGGUAGUAGCCUUCUUACAAAAGUAUGCUAACCUUCCAACUCCGGCCAUUCUCCUACACGAAGCUUUUAAGCAGUUCAUUCGCCUAGCAGAUGAGAACACUGCCACUUAUGAUGAUAUCAAGCAGCUGUUUUCAGAUUAUCUCAUGAAUCUAAUGAUACCCACGAAACCAACACCAUCUGGAAAGGAAAACCCACCCGAAAGCUAUACAUUCCAGCAUCCGUUAGUCGCAGACCUAAUCCUUAAGAGAGUGUAUCAAGAGCAGAAACGCGACCUUUUUCAGAUUGUCGAACGAUUUCUUCAAUUUCCCAUAUAUCAGCAAGAAAUUCUUCUACCCCUUUUAAAUGAACUUUUUAUCUACAACAAGAUCAGGCAAGGUCAAACGGAGAAGCUCAAGUUCUCUCUUCUAUUCGAAGAAUUGAAGAGUACAGAUUCAGAUCGAGCAGCAGACAUCUUUUGUAAAGCUGCUGAGAAGAUCAAUCAGCCAGUAAUGUAUGCGAAUGCAGCACGAUUUUGUGCAAGAAAGGAUCCCCCAUCAUUCCCAAAAGCGAAAGAACUAAUUCAACGUGCUUUGAAGGUCCAUGAUUGUGCAGCAUCUAAAGCUGGAUACAAAAACUUGUGCCAUACUAAAGGUGUCGUUCUCUAUUUUGAACUCAAGCACAAGAUCAAUUCCGGCGAGGUCCAUAAUCUUGAAGAAUUGGAAGAAAUGGCCAGCAAAGUUCUUGAAGCACAUCGUGAAGCGCGCAAUUUUCCUCCAACUUACCCACACCCUCUUAUUGGCGAAGUUGAGGUGUGGCUUGAGUGCAUCACAUGGAUCAUGAGGAACAUGUGCGAGAAUGACACUCAAGAGACCUUGCAUUUUGUGACAACUUUGUCUCCUCCAUUUUUUCGGACAUGUUUAAGUGACUCUUUCCAUCUUCUAGACGUUGUUGAUGGUAUUGUCCAAAGCGUGUCCCAACUUGCUGAUCCUGAGGAAACCAAAAGGUUGUCUAACAAUUUGAGGCUAUCCCUUAUGAAAACGUUUCGCUCAAGGUCUCAUCUUCCUGGUAGACCGAAAGCCGACGAAGAUAUCGUUCAAGCUUGUAAAGCAAUUUGCACCACGAAGAAUUUCCGAGAGUCGUCAAAGUUGGAACUAAAACGACUUCAGGCCCACUUCCUUUUGACACACACCGAGGCAGUCGACAAUUUCAAACAAGAAAAUAUUGAAUACCUGCUGAAACUCCUUGAAGAACUCGUUCUCAAAGAAAACGAGUACAGCCUGGCUCAUCAUUUGAUAAAAGUAUGUAUGUUAGUGACAGGAGCAAGAUGUUACACUCUCCAGCAUGGUCUCAGUGUCUGUGACAAGUGGUUGUCGGUGGCGAGCCAUGACUGCCUCCCAUCCUUUUACCAGAUGGUUAUCUGUUUCCUACAAAUUUUGGAUGGAAACACUCUGGAUUUUAUGCCGAAGUAUAUCCAAGCCUUGCAAAAGUGCCGAGAGAAAUCUCAGAACCAUCUGAAGAAAUUUUAUGCUACAUUAUAUGUGGGCAAGGAGGGAAAUGGUAUGUCUCGCUUCAUCAGCCGCAAUGCAUUGCUUCGUGGAGAGACGAACUACUCUCCCGACAAUUUUCAAAAAGUUUCUAAAUUUUGGCAGGUGGAGAGUAGAACGAAACUGAAAGAGUGUAAAGGAAGAAUCAGAGAGAAGGAAUCAAGUCGUGGAAAGUCGCAUUUUUGCAUCGAGCUAGUGCAAGGUAAUCUUGAACUCUAUGUUGGCAAGAACGCUGACAUCGGCAAAGUGCAGAUGGAUUUUACACCAGGAGCUUUGGUCUAUUUUGUUGUCAGUUUUAAUCUUCAGGGUCCUGUUGCCAAUGGCAUAACAUUUUCGCCACAGGAUUCACUAAACGAGUAUUGA